CCUGCUGGCCACAGGGCUGUUACACAGGCUGGGACUGCCGGCUGGGCCAGGCAACCCGGUGCCUGCGGACUCCCAGCUCGGAGCAGCCCCUCUUUGAGCUCGUGUGGUGGAGAAGCAGCCCCAUGAAGGUGCCCAGCCAUGCAAUGUUCCUGGAAGGCCGUCCUCCUCCUCGCCCUGGCCUCCAUCGCCAUCCAGUACACGGCCAUCCGCACCUUCACCGCCAAGUCCUUCCACACCUGCCCGGGGCUGGCGGAGGCCGGCCUGGCCGAGCGGCUCUGCGAGGAGGGCCCCACCUUCGCUUAUAACCUCUCCCGCAAGACACACAUCCUCAUCUUGGCCACCACGCGCAGCGGCUCCUCCUUCGUGGGCCAGCUCUUCAACCAGCACCUGGACGUCUUCUACCUGUUCGAGCCCCUCUACCACGUGCAGAACACGCUCAUCCCUCGCUUCACCCAGGGCAAGAGCCCCGCGGACCGGCGGGUGAUGCUGGGCGCCAGCCGCGACCUCCUGCGGAGCCUCUACGACUGUGACCUCUACUUCCUGGAGAACUACAUCAAGCCGCCGCCCGUCAACCACACCACCGACAGGAUCUUCCGCCGCGGGGCCAGCAGGGUGCUGUGCUCGCGCCCGGUGUGCGACCCUCCGGGCUCCGGCGACCUGGUGCUGGAGGAGGGGGACUGCGUGCGCAAGUGCGGCCUGCUGAACUUGACCGUGGCCGCCGAGGCCUGCCGCGAGCGCAGCCACGUGGCCAUCAAGACGGUGCGCGUGCCCGAGGUGAACGACCUGCGCGCCCUGGUGGAAGACCCGCGGCUGAACCUCAAGGUCAUCCAGCUGGUCCGGGACCCGCGCGGCAUUCUGGCCUCCCGCAGCGAGACCUUCCGCGACACGUACCGGCUCUGGCGGCUCUGGUACGGCACCGGGAGGAAGCCCUACAACCUGGACGUGACGCAGCUGACCACGGUGUGCGAGGACUUCUCCAACUCCGUGUCCACCGGCCUCAUGCGGCCGCCCUGGCUCAAGGGCAAGUACAUGCUGGUGCGCUACGAGGACCUGGCCAGGAACCCCAUGAAGAAGACCGAGGAGAUCUACGGGUUCCUGGGCAUCCCCUUGGACGGCCACGUGGCGCGCUGGAUCCAGAACAACACGCAGGGGGACCCCACCCUGGGCAAGCACAAAUACGGCACCGUGCGCAACUCGGCGGCCACGGCCGAGAAGUGGCGCUUCCGCCUGUCCUAUGACAUUGUGGCCUUCGCCCAGAACGCCUGCCAGCGGGUGCUGGCGCAGCUGGGCUACAAGAUGGCAGCCUCGGAGGAGGAGCUGAAGAACCCCUCCGUCAGUCUGGUGGAGGAGCGGGACUUCCGCCCUUUCUCGUGACCGGGGCGCCGAGGGCGGGCUGCGGGGCGCAUGGGGCCGGUUUUGAUAAAAUGGACCGUUUUUUAACUGUUGCCUUAUCUCCCCCUCCCUCCCCCACCCUGUCUCGGUGUCCUUCCUGCCCCCUGCCCACCCGCCACCUCCUUCUGCCCCUUUUUGUCUCUGAAAUUUGCACUAUGUCUCGGACAGGAAUCUCUGGGGCAGAGGGAGCGGGAGGUGGGGUCCGGCCCCCAUCACACCCCGUUCAGACACUCGGAUGUUGGGUCUCUGCGUGAAUGGUGACAAUGUUUACAAGCACCACACUCACACAUUUGCACACACACACGGGCGCCCACGAGGAGGGACAUCCCAAACCACACACCUUCUAGAAGCUUCGGAUGGACAAGUGGUCAGGGUAUGAUAGUUUUUGCACUGUCUUACUUCUACAAGGUAAGAGGUUAAAAACUAAAAGCCCACGUCUCUCUAAUUUCUGAGCAAUGUCUAUCCCACCCCAUCCUCCUUCCUGCCCCUCACACCCACUGCCCGCCUUGGAGCAGAGAAACUGCCCCUUCCUGCCUGCCCUUGCCCAUCGGUGAGCAGGUUUUUACUGUGAGGUGAAUGUGAACCUUGUUUAUUUUUUGCAGUCUGUGGCGAUGCUGUCUGUCUGUCUGAGUCUUGUGGCUGCCCCUGGACCAGUGAUGGCUGAUAAAUCUUGUGGGUUUCUGAUCGAUCUUGGGGUCCAUCUGUGAUAUUUCUUUGUGCCAAAAAGAAAAAAAAAAAAAGUGGAUUGGUUUGCUAAAUGAACAUUGAAAUGCUUUAUCUGUGUUUUCUGUAAAUAAAAGAGUGCAAUACUAUCUGG